AUGUUUGAAGCUCAAGAGGACCAGAGCGAGACGUCACAACAAACAGCAGCCAGUGACGAAGAGAAGGGGACGGACAACCAGGCUUCCCCCGCUGUCAUUGAGAUCCAUGACUCCAUGACUGAGUGUGAGGAAGAAGCGAGGCCCAGUCUAGUGCAGAUGGAGGAGAAGUCGUUUGUUUCAAGUCUGCACUCUUUUAUGAAGGACAGAGGUACACCCAUAGAAAGGAUCCCACAUCUGGGCUUCAAGCAGAUUAAUCUUUGGAGGAUCUAUAAAGCCGUGGAGAAACUUGGGGGUUAUGAUUCCGUGACAGCGCGACGUCUAUGGAAGAAAGUGUAUGAUGAACUGGGUGGAAGUCCAGGUAGCACCAGCGCUGCCACUUGCACUCGCAGACACUAUGAGAAGCUGGUGCUGCCCUUUGAAAGACACAUAAAAGGAGAGGAAGACAAACCUCUGCCUCCAAGCAAACCACGAAAGCCUUAUAAGAGAAAUUUGGAUGGCAAGGUCCACAAGGCUGAGAGGAAGAGGAAAAGGACUCACUCAGAUAGAGAGAUGGACUCUGAGAUACUCACCCAGAGAAGUCCAGAGGCUGCCUGCCAAAGUGAAGCAGUGAUGCAUCCUCACCCCGCUCUCUGGGCCCCCACGCCCGACAGACACCAUCCGGACUGCUCUCAGCCAAACAGAGCCCCCACCAGUCUUUGCACAUCUGUCUAUGCCCACCUUGUCCAGGUCCCCACAUCCAGCCCUUGGCCUGCUCAUAUUCCAUCUGCUGCUGGAGAGGUCAUCUCUCCACUGGAGAAAAAAAAGCGAAUGGCUCAGGCCAGCCUCAACUUGCCACUGAGUCCUCAGAGCGAGGAUAAAGAAAGGCCCUCCGUCAUUCACUGCUCCCAGUCUCCGGCCCGCGCUUCUUCCAGCCAGAACGGCAACUCCUCUGACGGCUCCCCGGUCCCUUUAUCCUCUUCCUCUUCUCGCAGCCCUUCUCCUGUCUCGGUUUCAUCAGAGGACGGUGCAGCAGGGAAUGAAGAUAAACCUGCAUCAAGCUCUGAGCUACCCCAUAACUGUUCCAGCUCUGAGAAAAGUACAUCCAGCUGUAGUGAGGAAAGCAAGUCUGUGACUCGUAGUCAGAUAUCCAAAGACCCUGCAAGACAAAAUAAAUACGUUUCUCACGUUAGUUCCCAGUCUGCAGACUCGAUCAAAGGCCAGAUUAAAGACUCUGCCUUGAAGCAAAUCCCCUUUGAGAAUGUCAGAGAUUUCCCCCAUCAUUUCUACUCACCCUUCUCUUUCCCUGAGAAAUCUGAGUGGGCUCCAACCUCUAACUCUAGCUUCACCAAGGUUAUUCCAAAAUCUACACAGCUUCUGCGGCCCGCUCCUAUUCGGACAGACCCUAAAAUGCACCAGGUCAGGUUGAUGCAGCAGGACGACUCUUUGACUUAUGCAAAGAAGCACAACAUGGGACCGUGGCUUCAUCAGAUGGAGAAGCGGGAGAAAUCUAGGACAAUACUACAAAAGGUUCCUACCACUCAGCAGAGUCUGUCCCAUUCCAACGCCAGCCUGCAGGUGACGCGCCUGUCAAGCUACGACAAAUCAGGGAGAGACAAUCGGCACCAACCUCCAUUGUACCCUGCAUUUCACCCCAACAGGAUGAGACUAUCUCCAUCUCAGCUAAUGUACCGCCAUGUCCCAGUGAGCCCGGCUCACUCUGCUCUCAUUGGGCCUGCUGUUUACCCAUAUCCCUACUCCAUUCCUCUGUUUAAUACUCAAACUGGAUAUGCCCUACCUGCCAUGAAUCCCAUUUAUCCUCACAAGCUGUGAUUCUUUGUAUUCCAACUCCAGACUUCAAUAACUGUUACUUGACAAAAAUGCCAUUGAGCUUGUUGGUCCACUUUUGUAUUGCUUAACUACUUGUGUUUUAAACAUGGCAUUAGUACACAAAUGUGUAAGUUCUGUGGCUUCCCACACUGCCACCCCCAGUGGCAAAGUGUUUCUGUGAUGGCUAGAGAUAUUUCUAGCCUCACAGUUAAACAUGUUGAACCAUCAAAAUGCAUCAGAAGGUUGCAUUAUUUUAUCAUUAACUUAAUAUUAUUUUAUUAAGUUAUUUACCCAAGAUAAAAUAUCUUGUUGUAAAUUUCCCUACAGGAAAUAAAUAUAGGCUACACAUUUGAAUGUCAAAUCUUUUAAAACACACCUUUUUAAGUUAAAUUCUGUCAAAACCAUUUUUUACGCACAAUUUCAAUACUUUGUAUUCAAAGCAAAGAACCCUCUCACUGUACUGUACUGUGACGUCUGCUCAAUAUAAUGAUACUGUAUAAAUAUUGUAUGUACCAUGCAUCAGUGUUAAAUAUUUUAAAAGAUAUUAAAGUUACAUCUCAUUGUCAUUCAUAUGUAUUUAAACCGAAAGUAAGGAAUAAUCAUAAAUAAACAUAAAAAAUACUAAAA